AACACAACUAAAAGCGUGACGAACGGUGGCACGAAAAUACAACAAGGAAGUGGACAUUUACUGAAAAGGAAACCUAUACAGAUUGCAAACAUCGCCAACUUUAAAGUUAUUUUGUUCAUUUGUCAAGUGUCGGGGGGUAUAGUCAUCUUGGACUUGCCCAGAAGCCCGUUGCUGUUAUUGUGAGUCCCGAUUCCAUAAGCAAUGAACACUGACGUGGAAUUUCACAUUAGGCAGAAUUAUCCGUGGAACAAGCUACCAGCAAAUGUCAAACAGAGCCUGGGAAAUUCGCAGCGAGAAUAUGAGAAGCAUGUUUUGCUGUACAGUAUUCGGAAUCAACUACGAUUCCGCAAUAACCUAGUGCGACACGUGAGGAAGGAUGAGAGAAAGUAUUAUGAAGAACUGCUCAAGUACAGCCGGGAUCACCUGAUGCUGUACCCCUACCAUCUGUCUGACAUCAUGGUGAAAGGCCUGAGGAUCACCCCUUUCUCCUACUACAUAGGAAUCAUGGAGGACAUCAUGAACAGCGAGAAAAGUUACGACUCCCUGCCUAACUUCACUGCUGCUGACUGUCUAAGGCUGAUGGGCAUAGGAAGAAACCAGUACAUUGACUUGAUGAACCAGUGCAGGUCCUCCAAAAAAUUCUUCCGUAGGAAAUCGGCUCGAGACCUGCUUCCCUCCAAGCCUGUGGAAAUCUCUGUGGAGCCCUGGUGGGUGGCGCAGACAGGAUACAUCACCGAGGACGACAUCAGGAUCUGCUCCACGGCAGAAAGAAAGGCCAUCGAUAAGAUGAUAGAUUCUGGACCUCAGCUGGCCGGAUCAAUGGAGUACAACGUAGUUCUUAGUCUAUACAACAGAGGCUACAUCUACUUAGAUGUGCCCAUAUCUGAUGACAGCUGCAUCUCAGUGCCCCCUCUUGAAGGGUUUGUGAUGAACAGAGUUCAGGGCGAUUAUUUUGAGACUCUCCUCUACAAAAUAUUUGUCUCCAUUGACGAGCAGACAAACGUAUCAGAGCUUGCAAACGUGCUGGAGAUUGACUUGGGUCUAGUGAAGAAUGCAGUGUCCAUGUACUGUCGACUGGGCUUUGCCCUGAAGAAGGGUCAUGCGUUCAGUUCGGACCUGCUCCACCCCACCUGGAAAAGUGCCCCCUCUGUCAACAGACUAAAGACAACCAUGGACCCCCAGAAAAUGCUGCUGUCGUGGGAGCAGGGCAGCCCGGUCAUGGAGGGUGGGUCCUCGGCCACAGACACGGAUACAACCAGCCUGGAGGACCAAGACACAGCCAGCGUGGGCAGCCUAAGCGCCCCGGCUCCGCCCACCAAGAGAAUCGCCUUCCUGUUCGACUCCACCCUCACCGCCUUCCUCAUGAUGGGCAACCUGUCGCCUAACCUAAAGAGCCAUGCGGUGACCAUGUUCGAGGUGGGGAAGCUGUCAGACGAGACCCUGGACAGUUUCCUGGCCGAGCUGGAGAAGGUGGAGAGUACAGCAGAGGGGGAGGCCCAGAGAUACUUCGACCACGCGCUGACCCUCAGGAACACCAUCCUCUUCCUGCGAUACAACAAGGAGCUCACCUUCGACCAGGGGCCUGACCUGCCCAACAUCGGGCUUCCCCUGGACCUGCUUCGCUGUGAAAGUCUACUGGGUCUGGAUCCGGCUACCUGCAGCCGAGUCCUCAACAAGAACUACAAACUGCUGGUCUCCAUGGCACCGCUCAGCAACGAAAUCCGGCCAAUCAGCAGCUGCACGCCCCAGCACAUCGGCCCAGCCAUCCCUGAGGUCGGCUCCAUCUGGUUCAAACUCUACCUGUACCAUGUGACUGGCCAGGGCCCGCCCUCUCUGCUGCUGUCCAAGGGCUCUCGCCUCCGGAAGCUUCCAGACAUCUUCCAGGUUUACGACAGGCUGCUGAUCACUUCCUGGGGUCAUGACCCUGGCGUGGUCUCAACCUCCAACGUUCUAGCUAUGCUUAAUGACGCCCUGACCCACUCUGCUGUCCUCAUCCAGGGUCACGGCAUACAGGGUCACGGAGACACUCUCCACAUUCCCUUUCCCUUCGACGAAGACGACCUGAAAGGAGAGUACUCCAGCUCCAACAUGUGCGUUCACAAGGCCCUGCUGACUCUGAGGGAGCAGGUGGACCUGGAGCACCAGUGUGGCUACGUCACCAUGCUCAACCCCAACAACAGGCACCGUCGGAGGGGCAGCGACGCCAACGACUGCAGGGGGGACACUCACCUGGGUGGGGGCUUUGACACCAACGGGAGCACCGAGUCGUUUGAGCUGGUCACAGAGGAGAACGGAGAGGGCAAAGGGAAGGGGUCAGAAGGGUCAUUCAGCGAGGACGAGUGGGUCCCUCUGGAGUUGUGUUUUGGGAUGCCUCUCUUCAGCUCGGAACUCAACCGCAAAGUGUGUCGGAAGAUUGCCUCCCACAAGCUCUGCGGCAGAGACAGCCUUCAAGAGUUACUUUACUCUAGCCGGAAGCUGUCGCUGAAGGUCCUGAGUUUUGUUCAGUCGUUCCAGGACGGCAGUCAGCCAGCAGCAGACCCAGACAGCGGGGUGUCGGGCCCUCUCAGCCAGCCGCCUGCAGAGAGCGGCGUGCCCCUGCCUGCCCUCAACCUGCUCUUCAAGGACGGCACGCUGAGGGAGUGGUCAGGCCGGGCCCCGCCCCCUCUACACAUCUCCGCCCUGCAGAAGGACCAACCAGCCUAAGCUCUGCCUCCCCACACCUGCACAUCAGAAAGGAACUCCUGCCCACACGAACCCCCCCCCCCCUCCGCUUCCACGCCUGCCUGUUAGACCACACCCGCCGCCCUCCUGGCUAUGACCGCCACGCGCCCCUCCGCUAGUCCUGUCCAUGCUUUCCCCGAAGGAACAGACCCUCAUCAACACCAACCCCCCUCAAGCCACUACAGUAUGUGAUUGCUUGUGUUUAUAUAAAGCCUGUGUGAACUUUGCUGUGGCGUUGCUAGCCCAGUCUGUGAUGGUCUGUUCAAGUGGUACUGGUGUAACAACCGAACCUGACAACGUAAAAAAAACAACAACCCCCAACUGAAACGAGCAGUGUUUUUGGCAGAUGUCACACAGUAC